GAUAAAAUACGAUACUAACUGCUUGUUUAUUUUAUCGCACACGUCAUUUAUGUAUGAAGCGAGCGCAAUUACUAUCCUGUAUCGAUGGGAGACGCUAAUAUUACUUGAUAUUAGAUAGUUAAUUAAGUACAUACUUAUUCGUCAGGACAUACUGACGAUUUUUUUUAGAUAUUUACUUUGUUUCGAAAGUUUCGCAAUGUGUAAUUUAUUUAAUUUAAGUGGAAAAGUGGGAUUACUGAAGAAUGGAUUUUUCCGAAAAUCUCAUGUGCUUUAUUCAGUUCGGAGUUUCAGCGUAAAGUGUUUGCAUUAUGGUACGAACGUAGACAAGCGGACAUUAGCUGGGACGGAGCGUAAGCAGAGAACGUUCUCUGACAGGUCGCAGUUGAAGUACGCCAGGAGACUGGUUGUCAAACUGGGAAGUGCAGUCAUUACUAGAGAAGAUGGAAAUGGUCUGGCGUUGGGACGGUUAGCUUCUAUUAUUGAACAGGUAGCAGAAUGCCAUCAUGAAGGGCGUGAGUGCAUCAUGGUGACGAGCGGAGCGGUGGCGUUUGGUCGGCAGAAGCUGACCCACGAGCUGCUCAUGUCUUUAUCCAUGAGAGAAACACUCUCACCCAGUGACCAUACUAGAGAGGACGCGGGCAGCACGCUGGACCCUCGCGCGGCGGCGGCCGUCGGACAGUCGGAGUUGAUGGCGAUGUACGACGCUAUGUUUUCGCAAUAUAACGUAAAAAUUGCUCAGGUUCUAGUAACAAAACCCGAUUUCUACAACGAUGAAACUAGGAAAAAUUUGUUCUGCACCCUUUCCGAGCUGAUAUCUCUGAACAUAGUGCCCAUCGUGAACACGAACGACGCGGUCAGUCCUCCGAUGUACAUCCAUGACGAUACUGUUGUACCUGGCACAGGGAAAAAGGGUAUCGGUAUAAAGGACAACGACAGUCUGUCAGCGCUCUUGGCUGCCGAGAUCCAGUCAGACCUCCUCAUCAUGAUGUCGGACGUGGACGGGAUCUACAACAAGCCGCCCUGGGAGGACGGGGCUCGCAUGAUGCACACCUACACAACUAAGGAGAAAGACCAAGUGCAGUUUGGACAGAAAUCGAAGGUUGGUACAGGCGGUAUGGACUCCAAGGUCAACGCCGCGACAUGGGCCAUGGCCCGAGGAGUCAGUGUCGUGAUAUGUAACGGCAUGCAAGAGAAAGCCAUCAAAACUAUUAUCAGUGGACGAAAAGUUGGCACAUUCUUUACUGAUUGCCCUACCACCUCUACAACUUCGGUAGAUAUUAUGGCCGAGAAUGCUCGAUCGGGCAGUAGAGUUUUACAAAAACUAUCUCCCAGUGAAAGAGCAUCAGCGAUUCAUUCAUUGGCUGAAUUGCUAUUGGACAGAAAAGAUCAAAUCUUGGAAGCAAAUGCAAAGGAUUUGGAAGAAGCAACAAAGACUGGUCUUGAAAAACCACUCUUAAACAGACUGUCCCUUAGUGAAGGGAAAUUAAAAACUUUGUCUAUUGGACUAAAACAAAUUGCUGAUUCAAGUUAUGAAAACGUAGGUCGCGUAUUACGAAGAACUAAGCUAGCAGAAAACUUAAUGCUCAGACAAGUUACAGUUCCCAUUGGAGUCUUGCUCGUAAUAUUUGAGUCAAGACCAGAUUCGUUACCACAAGUGGCCGCUUUAGCUAUGGCUUCAGCUAACGGUCUUCUAUUAAAGGGUGGAAAAGAGGCAGCAUUUUCAAACAAAGCAUUAAUGGAACUUGUAAAGGAAUCGCUUUCUCCAGUUGGAGCAGAAGAUGCUAUAUCCUUAGUUUCGACAAGGGAAGAAAUAAGUGAUUUGCUAGCAAUGGAAAAGCAUAUCGAUUUGAUUAUCCCUCGAGGAUCAUCAGACUUAGUCAGAAGUAUACAAAAGAAAUCCCAGCAUAUCCCCGUAUUGGGACAUGCUGAAGGUAUUUGUCAUGUUUAUUUGGAUAAGGACGCAGAUCCAGUUAAAGCACUGAAAAUAGUUAGAGAUUCUAAAUGUGACUACCCAGCCGCUUGCAAUGCUAUGGAAACAUUACUGAUUCACGAAGAUCAUUUAAACGGAAAUCUAUUUAACGAGAUUUGUAAUAUGCUGAAAAAUGAAGGUGUAAAGAUUCACGCUGGCCCGAAGCUUGCCAAUCAUUUGACUUUCGGUCCACCGCCAGCGAAAAGUAUGAAACAUGAAUACGGGUCGUUGGAAUGUUGUGUAGAAGUUGUAAGCGACAUGGACGCGGCGAUAGAACAUAUUCAUAAGUUCGGAAGCUCACACACUGACGUCAUUGUAACGGAGAAUGACACCACAGCAAAGCAGUUUUUGCACGCAGUCGACAGUGCGUGCGUAUUUCAUAACGUGUCAUCCCGCUUCGCUGAUGGUUACCGUUUCGGCCUCGGUGCGGAAGUCGGAAUUUCCACAGCUAGAAUACACGCAAGAGGGCCAGUCGGCGUUGAAGGCCUUCUAACAACGAAAUGGAUUCUCGAGGGCACGGAUCACACGGCCGCUGAAUUCAACGAGGGAAAGCGAAACUGGGUUCACGAAAAAUUACCCGUCAAUUGACUUAGGAACAUUUUCUGCAGAACCCGCAACUUUUUGAUCUUAAAUUUUGCGAACGUUCUGUUUAAAUUUAAAUAUAAGCGUUAAUGAACUUAAAUAGAAUCGUAAUACGCUUUACUCAAAGACCUAAGAGAUUAGUAAAUUAGUAAGUAAAUGUAGACUUAUAUAAUAUUGACGUGGACGUAAAACUGCUGGACUCAGGGAUUUCCACAUUCCACCAACUUAAAUAUCUUAAUUAAGUAGUAUAAUUUCAUCGUUUUGUAUAAAGUUUAACUAAUACAUAACUGUGUUUUCGAAUUUUGAGAUAGUAAAUUUUAAUGUAAAAAUUGUAAAUAAAAGCGAAAAAUAUUUAUUUA